AUGAAAGUUUACUCUUCUUCCUCCCCAAUUCCUCUUUCAUUUCUCAUUUUCAUCAUGUCAAUUUUCAGAAUUUCAAAAAUUUUUUUGUGGGAUGUGACAUUUUGUAUUUGCAAGGCCAAAAGAGGAAAUAUCGAAAGAGAGAAAAAGGCUUCAGUGACAUCAGAUGCAAGGCAUUUUUUGUUUGAUCAAAAAAAAGGUCCCGGGGUGUUUGUGUUUGUGACGAGAACGAGAACGAGCGCGAAAGGAAGAAAAAAAGUCCUCGUCUUUCUUGAUUGCCACCCUCAGAUAACAGAACGCGCAGAGCAGCACCAGCAGUGA